CCCCGCCCCCCGCCGGCCGGCUCCCCUCCCCCGGCCGCUGGCUCGCUCGGUUCGCAGCGCUGCAGAGGCUCAGAGGCGGCGGCCGCGACUCCCUCUUUUCCCCUCCCUCCUUCUCCGUCCGUCCGUCCGUCAGUGCGUCUGUCCGUUCGGCCUCGGUCCGGCCCGAAGCAUGGCCGGCGUCAGCUUCAGCGGCCACCGCCUGGAGCUGCUGGCGGCAUACGAAGAGGUGAUUCGGGAGGAGAGCGCGGCCGACUGGGCUCUAUACACAUAUGAAGAUGGCUCAGAUGACCUCAAGCUUGCAGCUUCAGGAGAAGGGGGCUUGCAGGAGCUUUCAGGCCACUUCGAGAACCAGAAGGUGAUGUACGGCUUCUGCAGUGUCAAGGACUCCCUGGCUGCUCUGCCAAAAUACGUGCUCAUCAACUGGGUGGGUGAAGACGUGCCUGAUGCCCGUAAGUGCGCUUGUGCCAGCCAUGUGGCCAAAGUGGCUGAGUUCUUCCAGGGCGUCGAUGUGAUCAUAAACGCCAGCAGUGUGGAAGACAUCGAUGCGGGUGCCAUUGGGCAGCGGCUCUCCAACGGGCUGGCACGGCUCUCUAGCCCUGUGCUGCACCGGCUGCGACUUCGGGAGGAUGAGAAUGCAGAGCCCGUGGGUACCACCUACCAGAAGACGGAUGCAGCUGUAGAGAUGAAGCGGAUUAACCGCGAGCAAUUCUGGGAGCAGGCCAAGAAGGAGGAAGAGCUGAGGAAGGAGGAGGAGCGGAAGAAGGCCCUGGAUGAGAGGCUCAGGUUUGAGCAGGAGCGAAUGGAGCAGGAGCGGCAGGAGCAGGAGGAGCGUGAGCGGCGCUACCGGGAGCGGGAGCAGCAGAUCGAAGAGCACAGGAGGAAACAGCAGACUUUAGAAGCUGAAGAGGCCAAGAGGAGGUUGAAGGAGCAGUCCAUCUUCGGUGACCAGCGUGAUGAGGAAGAAGAAACCCAGAUGAAGAAGUCAGAAUCAGAGGUAGAGGAGGCAGCAGCCAUUAUUGCCCAGCGGCCUGAUAACCCACGGGAGUUUUUCAAGCAGCAGGAACGAGUUGCAUCAGCCUCUGCAGGCAGCUGUGAUGUGCCCUCGCCUUUCAACCACCGGCCAGGCAGUCACCUGGACAGCCACCGGAGAAUGGCACCCACCCCCAUCCCCACCCGGAGCCCAUCCGACUCCAGCGCAGCCUCCACCCCGGUCGCUGAGCAGGUUGAACGGGCCCUGGAUGAGGUCACAUCCUCGCAGCCACCACCAUUGCCACCGCCACCCCCACCAGCCCAAGAGACCCAGGAGCCAAGCCUGGACAGUGAAGAGACAAGAGCAGCAGCCCCUCAGGCCUGGGCUGGCCCCAUGGAGGAGCCCCCUCAGGCACAGGAGCCUCCCCGAGGGCAAGGCAGCCCUGAGGAGGACUUGAUGUUCAUGGAGGAGUCUCCAAAGCAGGUUGUCCCAACUGCCCCCAUGGAGCCUGCGGUGGAACCUGCUGAAGUUGACACCACUGUGGCAGACACCUCAGUGGCUGAUGCUGAUGCGGCUAACACCAUUGAAUCUGCCACUACCGCUGCUGACACCACUGUUGCCAACAAUGUCCCUGCCACCACUGCCAGCCUCAUCGACCUAUGGCCUGGUGAUGGGGAAGGGGCCUCUGCACCCAGGGCCCCCAUGCCAUCCUUGGGUACUGAGGUCACCCUGGCAGAAGUGUCCCUGCUGGAUGAGGUGGCUCAGGAGCCCCUGCCACCUGCAGGUGGAGGCUGUGCCAACCUUCUCAAUUUCGAUGAGCUGCCUGAACCGCCAGCCACCUUCUGUGAUCCAGAGGAGGAAGCAGAAGGGGAGACCCUGGCUACCCCACAGGCCCCAGCUAUGCCCUCGGCUUUCCAGCUGGAGCAGGAGCCAGAGCUGGAGCAGGAGCCCCACCUGCUGACCAAUGGCGAGACCACCCAGAAGGAAGGGACCCAGGCCAGCGAGGGGUACUUCAGUCAGUCACAGGAGGAGGAGUUUGCCCAAUCUGAAGAGCUGUGCGCAAAGGCUCCACCUCCUGUGUUCUACAAUAAGCCUCCAGAAAUCGACAUCACCUGCUGGGAUGCAGACCCAGUACCAGAAGAGGAGGAGGGCUUCGAGGGUGGCGAUUAGUGAUGGUGCCAGCCCUAGGUGCCCUCACCAAGGCCGCCCACCUGCGCUGCCUCUGGCCAGACGGCCCGCCGCACCUGCAGCUCCGCCUGGCACUCAUUCUGGAUUCUGGCCCUGGCCCGGGACUUGGCCGCUUCCCCAACCACAGGGCCUGACUUUUACAGCUUUUCUCUCUCUCUCUUUUUUUUAAAGUUGAUAGGAGACUUCUACAGUUGACUGGUUUUCCUUCCGUUGGUAGUUGAGACGCUGUUGCAAAUUCUGCCCUUCCCCACCCGGACCAGAUUAUAGCUCUUAGUCCUCCCUGCUCAGCUGGCCAGGGCACAGGCCUCACCUUGCUUGGGGCCUGGUGUGGGGGGAGCUCUGGUGGGAAAAUGUACCUCCACCUCUUUUCCUAGUUUUAUGUUUCUUGGAAAAAUAUCACUUUGUAUUCUCUGUCCAGGGCUUCAGAUAUUUUGCACGAAUUUUAAAACAUGGCAAUAAAUGGCUCGUGGGCUCUGGCUCCCUGGGA